CAAUAUUACUGCGGUGUGAUGAUUGGAACUCAUUCUCGUCAAAUUUCCAACUAUUUCUGACACACAAUACUACUCACAAAAUAAGCAACAUUUUUCUCGUGGUAAUUACUACUCCUAGUAUUAUUAAACUAGUACUAUUAAAUUCCUUUGCCCCAAAACAUCUGUCUUUAUUCGCCACCUAGUCAACUACCACCGCGUACCUACCGUCUUCUCCGCCGGCAGCGACGAUGACAUCCGAUGGGUUCCGGCCGUUGGACGAGAAAUCAUUAGUGGAGUACAUUAGAGCUACUCCUGCUUUGGUUUCAAUAUUAGGCACGGAGUUCGAUAAACUUGAAAUUAAGGAAGUUGGUGAUGGAAAUCUCAACUUUGUUUAUAUUGUUGUUGCUCCCUCUGGUUCGUUUGUCAUCAAACAGGCUCUUCCUUAUAUUCGAAGCAUUGGAGAGUCAUGGCCAAUGACAAAAGAACGCGCUUACUUUGAAGCCACUGCGCUAAAAGAGCAUGGUCGUCUGUGUCCCGAGUACGUACCUGAGGUUUACUAUUUUGACAGGACUAUGCGUGUGAUUGGUAUGGGCUACCUUGAACCUCCUCAUAUUAUAUUGAGGAAGGGAUUGAUUGCUGGGGUCGAGUAUCCAUUGCUGGCAGAAAACAUUUCGGACUAUAUGGCAAAGACUCUUUUCUUCACCUCCCUGCUUUAUCUUACAACAACGGAUCACAAACAUGCAGGUGAGCCAUAUUAAUCUCAACGGGACUGCAUAUAGU